AUGUGGAGAAGACUAUUUUUCCAGCACCGGACUCUCGCCCCGAUCCGAUCCACCCCCAGACCCAGACGAUUUACUUCCUCUCCGGCUCAAGCACCGGUUCGUCAAUCCUUUCCCAUCACCUGUCGCCAAUUUAGUGCUGAAUCUGGCAAUGUAACUACAAAGAAAAGAGUGGAGGAUGUAAUGCCUAUUGCUACGGGUCAUGAGCAUGAAGAGCUUGCAGCUGAGCUUGAAGGGAAGGACCUUCUGGAAAUUAACUAUCCUGCUGGUCCAUUUGGAACGAAGGAAGAACCUGCUGUCAUAAAGUCUUACUAUGACAAAAGAAUUGUAGGAUGCCCUGGUGCUGAUGGAGAGGACGAACAUGAUGUUGUUUGGUUCUGGCUAGAGAAGGGAAAACCACAUGAAUGCCCAGUAUGCUCACAGUACUUUGUGUUGGAAGUGGUUGGCCCGGGUGGAUCUCCCGAUGGACAUGGCGAUGAUGACGACGACCAUCACUGA